CGUUGAUAGCGUACAUUGCCAAGAAAGCCGUCCACGAAUACUCCGGUGAUGUUCGCCAAGUGGCUUCCAUGUCCCGCCGCCUUGUCCACACAGCCCAGAAAGAGGCUCGUGAUGAGGCAAUCAAACGAGGUGAGGUGCGGAAUGAAGAAACCCCGCAGCGUCGCAGCGGUAGUGGCAUCACACGCGCUGGCGCGGUCCCGGGCAAUACUUCGCCUGCCUCUCCCGCCGCCGUCAUGACACUCGCGCAGAGCCAAAAAGUAUUACGUGGUACUGCUGUCGUGAGCGAUCGCGUCUUUGAGUACGUUUCGGGUAUGCCAGAGCAGAUGCUAUAUGUUCUCAGCUGCCUUGUUGUCUUGGCACUCCGACAGCAGCGGGAUAAAAGUCUUGCGCAGACAAAUGUGGCCGGCGUGACAUCAAUGACACGUCGUGUGAGGACCGAUGCUGCAGCGGGUAAAACAGAGCCGGGCACAUUUGCGAUGCGUGAGGUCCACCGCAUGUACACGGCACUUAUGGGUCAGCAAAGAUUUCCAAUGAUGAAUGCGGCAGGCAUUGCGUCUGCGAUUGAUAGUUUUGCAGAUCUUGGUAUUAUUUCUCGGCCACAGCGGUGUGGAAAUGAGGAACUCUUUUCUUUUAACGGCACAUGGUCAUUGGAGUCGAUGCAGAGUGCACUUACCACCCGCGGUGAGUUACUGCGACAGGAACGCAUAGAGUUUGGUUUAGAUGGCUCAGAGAAUCGUUUUGGCGAAGUCUUACGGGAACUGAAGAAAAUUGCCGGACUGUAA